AUGGAUUAUGUCAGGAAUAUCUCAACACGAAGGGAUUUCCAUCUCCUCGCAUUUUCUAAUACUGAAGAACAUCCUCACAUUAUUUUUAUUGGGCUGUUCCUAAUGUACAUACUGGCUGUGCUUGGAAACUUGCUGAUUAUUGUACUUGUGUUUCUAGUUCCCCAACUGCAAACUCCAAUGUACUUCUUUCUAUGUAACCUGGCAGCCCAGGACAUUAUCUCUGUCUCUGCUGCCCUACCAAAGCUGAUGGACAUCACAGUGACAGGAGAAACCAGCAUUUCUUUUUAUGGCUGUAUAACUCAAGUUUUUCUCUUAAUAACCUGCCCUUCUCAAGAUUUCUUCCUUUUGGCCACCAUGGCUUAUGAUCGCUAUGUAGCUAUUUGUAUCCCUCUGCGUUAUCAUCUGAUGAUGAACCCAAGGUUCUGCAUCCGGCUAGUGACAACCACUUGGAUGUUUUGUGCCAUCAAUGCCAUGUGCUACUCUUUGUUUUUAUCUGAUUUAUCAUUCUGCAGGCUUCUUGAUAUCAAUUAUAUAGUCUGUGAAAUAAUAUCUAUGAUGGAGCUUUCCUGCAGUGAUAUAACACAUAUACAGACAUUGAUAGCAGUGGAUGUACCAUUAAUGGGGAUUCUUCCAGUUGGACUGAUUUUAGCAUCUUAUAUAUACAUUAUAUAUUCCAUCCUGAAGAUGAGAACCGUAGCUGCAAGGCUCAAGACUUUCUCCAGCUGUUCUUCACAUAUCACAGUUGUUUUGCUAUUUGGAGGAACAUGCAUUAGCUUGUAUGUGAAACCGGAGUCACAAAACUCUCAAGAAGUUGACAAGAUGCUUUCCCUGAUGUACUUAGGUUUUGUUCCAAUGUUAAACCCCUUAGUGUACAGCCUCCGAAACAGACAGGUCCAGUCUGCUGCAAAAAUUGUACUUACCAAAUAUAUAUGUGUGGGAUCCUUUAUCCAGAAAUUGGUUAUGUAG